AGCAGAUGACUUUAACGUUACUUAUUGGGAAUCGGGAAAGAUCGGAAGUCCAGUCAGCAGCAGGUGGUGUGUAGAUAGGAGAAAAAUUCCCUGAGUUAAAGAGAGGUAGGUGUUGUCAGGUUGGCUUGGAGACAUUCGGAGCAUCGGACGAUUUGGUGCCCUAUUGGUUGUAUACAUUUUAUGUAUGCCUCCAAGGAAGUUCCACGGGGGCGUGGAGUACGUAUAGGGCACUGAGGACAGCAGCUUUCUAUAUUACUUCAUCUCAGAGUGUGAGCUUUGGACCAGUGCGGGCAGUGAGAGAGCAGCUCGGCAUGUUUGAGAAGCUCGGCGAGUUGAGCCAGAGCCGGUUCCUGGGGGAGGCCAGCCCGACACAGUUUAAGCCGAGCCCCACCUCGGCUUGCAGCGGGAGCCGCGAGGGGCUGAGCUACAGCGUGGUCCUGGAGGAUGUGAACCGCCUGUCCCGCCUGCUGGGCCGCUUCUUGAAGACGGCGGAAAGUGCCGGGGGCUCGGCCGGCGUAAAACCGGCGGAGACCUUCCCGCUCAGGAGGCGAGCGGAGGCGGCGGGCGGCCGGGGCUCGCUCAGGAAACGGGAGAGCUUCGGGCGCAAGGGCGGCGCAACCGGGUCGGAAGCGGGAGCCAGGAGGAAGGGCCUGAGGGAACUGAUGCUCCGCAAUGGCUGGGACGGCUUCGGCGGCAUGUGGAGCGCCCACAGCGGCGGGAGGAGCGAGCAGGAGGAGGGGGCGUCCCUAUCCUCCUCGGGCUCCCCAGGAGAGGCGCUGGAGUCCCGGGAACAUGAGUGGGCGCUGGCGCUGGCGGCCGGGGACUGGGAGGUGAUGGAGGCGCUGCUGCUGCAGGAGCCCGCCUUGCUGAACCGCAGGGAGUUUGUGAGCGGCCUGACCGCCGCCCACUGGCUGGCCAAGCGGGGCGACCACCACGGCUUGAUGAAGCUGGCGCGCCUGGCGCAGAGCCGCGGCUGGAGCCUGGACCUGAACGCCCGGGCGGCGGGCGGAGGCUACACCGCCCUGCACCUCGCCGCGAUGCAGGGCCACCCCAUGGUCAUCAAGCUGCUGGUGGGCGCCUACGACGCGGACGUCGACGUCCGAGACUACCGCGGCCGCAAAGCCUGGCAGUACCUGGCCGGCGAGACCCCCGCGCAACUCCGGCAGCUGGCCGGCGCUCAGGAGCAGGAGGAGCCGCAACCUCCCCAGCAAGCCCCGGCCCCGGCCCCGGCCCCGCACAGACAACACGACAGUCCGACCAAGAAUCGCGAAUUCUCCCUGAUUCCCUCAGUGCACCGACUCCUGAAACUAUCUUCGUGGCAGCGAGAGAAACCAGAAAAGGCUGACUCCAGGUAGAAUCAGAGUCUAGGUUAGAGUGGUGCUGGAAAAGCGCAGCAGGUCAGGCAGCAUCCGAGGAGCAGGAGCCCUUCAUCAGCAAUUCGUCAGGUAGAGUCAGGGGGACUCGAACUUAGAUCUCAUCACCAGAUUCCUCCCCCCUCCCUCCGAUCAAUACUACAUAGAGCUGCAGGCAGUAUCUUUCAGUUCUGAAGAAGGGUCACCGGACUGAAAACCUGAAUUGUUUUUGUUUCUCUCUCGCAGAUGCUGCCAGAUCUGCUGAGUUUGUCCAACAAUUUCUGUUUUUUUUUCGCUGUGUGAUCAACUGGCCUUGGUCGCCUGCGUACGGUUUUCCAAAAGUAAAGACGAAACAUUGCGGAUGCUGGAAAUCUGAGUUUAAAAAAUGCUGGAGAAAUUCAGCGGGUCAGGCGGGGAGAAGAAGUUAACGCUAAGGAACUGCUGUCACAGAAUCAACAUGACAAAUACCAAUUCCUUAAAGCCAUAUAGAACUUUCCACGCCGUUGCUACCCGACCUGUUAAGCUUUUCAGCACUUUUUAUUUUAUUUUUUUAAAAGUACUUUGUUCUUAAACUCGAAGACAAUUUCAUAACAUGACCUCCUAAUAUUCGGUACGUUUUCAUUUUAUAAUUGUAAUCGAGUUCCUUUGUGGGAAUUUUUUUUUUACUUGAGUGAGUGUAUUGAGGAGAGAAUGCCCGAACGUGUUUUGACAAAUGCGGGUGAACUUGGGCAAAGUGUUCAUUUCAAACUCUCCCUCAUCCUGCCGAAAUGUAACUGUAAUUUAAGUAACACUUCAUAUUUCUGAUACUGAUUUUUGAUGUAGUUUUAAAGGAAAUCAUGAGAUCGAACUGUGAUACUGUUUGUAUUUUGGUCGGUAUGUUGUCAUCAGAAACAGAGUUGAUGGAUCAGAUUGUAAGAUGAUCCUGCCUUAACCAGUGUACCAUAAACGUGCAUUGUCAGUACAAUUGUCAGAACAUGAUUUGUUUAACGCUCAGGUGAUGUGAAGAUUUAGAUUAUAGUUUUAACCUUGAGACCGGUUAUUACUGUGGAAAAAAGCAAAUUACUGCGGAUGCUGGAAUGUGAAACCGAAAGAGAAAAUGCUGGAAAAUCCCAGCAGGUCUGGCAGCAUCUGUUAAGGAGAGAAAAGAGCUGACGUUUCGCGUCUAACUGACCCUUUGUCAAAGCUUUGUCGAGCUGUGGUAUUACUGUGGAAAUACUGUUUUGAGUCAUUUUUGUUGCUUCUGUGAAUUAACGUUUGGUAUGAAAAUCAGCAUUAAUAAUAGGCAAUAAAAGUUGCCAGGUACUGAAAACACGAA